AUGCCUUUAAUUCAAACAAGAUGGAAAAGAUCUUUAUGGCCGGCUGUGUUAAUUCUUUUUGUUGUUUUUUUGAUGGUUUGCGAGAACCUGUAUCACUUCACAAAUUUGUUUGAAGAGGGAAUUAUGAGAAUAUCGAAGAGAACUUCAAGUGAUGUGGAAGCCGGAAACCUCUUAGAGAAAGUCAGUCAAAACUUUGCAAAGAUAAAGCGAAAGAAUGGAAUAAUAGAAAGUGAAGUAUUCUCGAGAAGAGAUGAGGAUGGAGGACGUCCCAGAGCAACGAUGCUAGCCGUCAUACGAAAAAGAGCUGACGCUCUUCUAUUGCUUGAAACAGUGAAAAAUUAUCAAGAUAGAUUUAAUAACAAAUACAAUUAUGAUUGGACCAUCGUAAGUUAUCGUGGAUACUAUAUUGAUGAUUUCGAGGCCAUAUUAGCUUUGACAAAUGCGCCUACGAAUGUUAGAAUAAUUAAUUUGCGCUAUGGUUCUGAAUUUCUUACUUAUAGACAGGGAAUUGACGUGGCCAAAAUAAGGCAAUAUAAAAAGACGCUAAACAUCUCAAGGCACUUAAGAGACCAGGUGACAACGGCAUCCAAGCAUUUCACCAGAUUUUUGUUGGGUCACUUCUACAACUUAGAGAGUCUUUGGAGUAUGUAUGACUAUUACUGGAAGGUGCCAGUAGGAUCUAGGUUAGAUUGUGAUGUGGGAUAUGAUGUAUUUCAGUACAUGAAAGAUGAAAAUUUAGAAUACGGUUGGCUGAUAUUGCAAAUGGAUCCUCCAAAAUACCACCCGAGUCUCUUGCUGAAUGUCAAAGAUUAUAUAUAUGAUCCAAACAAUAACUUCAUGGAGAAAUCAACUCAAACCGCUAAUAAUUUCCAAUUCUUACUAGAUGAUUCAGUGGCCGACUCGAUAUCAAGUGACAAUGAAGUUGAGUGGAAGUACAAAUCUUGUAGCAUAAAUUCUGAAUUCGAAAUUGUUAAUGUGAAGUUUUUUCGCUCAAAACAGUAUCAACACUUCUUCAACUUCAUUGAUCAUAUAAAUGGAAUAUAUUACGAGAACUGGAGAGAGCCUGCCAUCAAAACCAUUGCAGUAUCGGUAUUUCUUGAAAGCAAGUCAGUGAAGUUCUUCGACGAUUUAGCAGUCCUGAUUCCCGCAUUAGGUAUCGGCAAUUGUCCUUCAAAUGUUGACGUCUAUUUGAAGAACAAAUGUGUUUGCAAUCCAUUAUCUCAUGAUGUACCAUACAAGUACGGCAAUGUUAAAAUGAAAUACGAACAACUCAGCCGAAGCAAGUGUUUUACUCACUACAUCAGCUCUCUUGAACUUGAUAUUCCGGAAUCCCUUCAAACUUCUGAAAGAGGGCAAGAAAUGUUCUCUGCCUUUGAAGUGUCAAGCUAG